CUUCGUAUUUAAUUGUGAUGUGUCUUGACAAAAGAAGCGAUGGGCAAUGUGGAUUCAGUUAGUUAGAUUUCCUGCAUGUGUGUGUGUAGAUCACAGAGAGGGAGCUGAGGCCCGGGGGAGCAGACAUCCCAGUGUCGGAGAAGAACAAAAAGGAAUACAUCGAGCGGAUGGUGAAGUGGAGGAUAGAGAGAGGGGUGGUGCAGCAGACCGACAGCCUGGUCAGGGGCUUCUACGAGGUGGUGGACUCCAGGCUGGUGUCAGUGUUCGAUGCCAGGGAGCUCGAGCUGGUGAUCGCCGGCACAGCGGAGAUCGAUUUAUCAGACUGGAGGAGCCACACGGAGUACAGAGGAGGUUACCAUGACAACCAUAUUGUUAUCCGGUGGUUCUGGGCAGCGGUGGAGAGGUUCAAUAAUGAACAGAGACUACGGCUCCUGCAGGUAC